AUGUCUGCUGUGGAAGAGCCCGAAAUGAAAGCAGGACAUCUUCCUGCGGAACGUGUUGGUGGACGUAGGGUUGUUAAGAAGGAUCACCGUCAGCAGGAAACGGAGCGAACUUCUUCAGAAAGUGCUGACGAGACAAGUCGUGAGCUGGUCGAAAGGGAUAGCAGUCUACCGGCACAGAUGGAGAGGUCAUAUCCGACGAGUGCAGUGAAACAAUCUCAUGAAAAACCAAUACCGACUCAUCAGGCUCACUACGCUUCUCCUCCGUCUCAUACCAACAGUGGUCAGCUCUUUCAACCAAGAAAAAAUUAG